GAUUGGUGUCUUUCCCGUCAGGUGUGGUGGGGCCACCCAGUGCCGGCGUUUGAGUGUCGCGUGCAAAACCCUGGCCGCAAAACCGACGGAAAACGCUGGAUUGCCGCGGAAACGGCGGCGCAGGCCCGUUCGAAAGCCGCCGAAUGGUUCGCCGUUCCCGAACAAAGCGUCGUCAUAUCUCCCGACACUGACGUGCUCGACACUUGGUUCUCUUCGUCUUUGCUGCCGCUGGCAUUGGCCAGCAUGCGCCGUGGACCAAACGACGCCCAGACCCCGUACCCACUGAGUAUGAUGGAGACUGGGAAGGAUAUUCUGGUGUUCUGGGUUGCGAGGAUGAUGCUGAUGGGAAUGGCCCUGGGUCAGGGAGUGAUGCCGUUUCAAGACUUGGUCCUCCACGGAUUGGAUCUCGAGUCAAGUCUGCGACAGAACAAAGCUGAGGGUUUAUUGAAUGAACAUGAAUUUUCUGCAGCUCUUGCUGAGCAAAAUGCAGCGUUUCCAUCUGGAAUACCGGUCUGUGGAGCAGAUGCUCUUCGUUUGACCCUAUUGUAUUCUGACGUGAAAUCGGAUCGUGUUCGAAUCGACGUUGACCGUGCGCGUGCAAUGGCGGCAUUUGCAAACAAAAUUUGGCAAGCGACUCGGUUCGUCACCCAACACAACCCUGAGCCCAUUCCGAGUGCAGAAACGAAUCUGGAACGAGCAAAACGACCGAUUGAUGCCUGGAUCCUGAGUCAGUUGGCGUCAACGGUGGAAAAGUGUGACGUUGGAUUGCGCAACUAUGAUUUUCACGUUGCCGUGGCUGCGCUGUACGAGUUUUGGUACGGUGCCUUUUGUGAUGUGUAUUUGGAAGCGUGCAAAAGUGUGCUGUGGGGUCCGGAGUGUGACGUGAAAAUCGGUGUGAGGGCUGUGUUGGAUGUGUGUCUGGACGCGGGUUUGCGGCUGUUGUUCCCAUUCAUGCCGCACGUGACUGAUGAGCUUUUCCAUCGGUAUCAUCGACGGUGUGGUGCAAGUUUCCAACCUCCUUGUGAAUCUCUGAUCAGAGCUCCGUAUCCAGUUCCUGAAAAAUGGAAGCAGUUCGAAAAUCCGGAUCUGGAUGCGGCGUUUGAUGAAGCUUUCAAACUGAUUGAAGUUUUAAGGAAGCACAAGUUGGGUCUGAAACUCGGGAAAGUCAGACCAGAUGUUGCUGUUGUAUGGCCGAACAUGGCUGGGCAUGUAGUCGCCCAAUUUCGAGACGUCAUUGUGGAUUUGGCAAAAGUGAAUUCACUUGAAUUUUGCUUGGCUGAAGCUGAUGUGUCCAGUGGUUUCCUUCUACUCGCUGGUCCUUAUCCUGACGUCAAUGUGUUCAUGAAUGUGGAGCGUCUGAAUGUUGAUGAGGAAAUCGCUCGAAGGCUUGUGAACAUUCAGAAAGAUUUGGAUGGUCUGAAGGAAAAAAUCAAUUCGAAGAAGUUCUCGAAAAUUGUUCCGUCGAGGCGAUUGCAAAUUGAGAAAAAGUACGCCGCAUUGGAAUUCGAAAGGGAGCAAUUGGCAGCAGCUGUCAAAAUGCAAAAAUCGUGA